CCAAGAUGGCGGCUAAAUUUAACGAUACUAAGUGGAAAAUAAUAUUUCUCUUGACAAAUUCUUCCACGCAAGGACUCUGUUUGAGUACAAAUGUGUGUUAUAGAACCUCCUUUAUUCUGGAAUAAUAAGAAAGUUGAGAUACAGGGAUAGGUGCGGGUAGAUCUCAAGAAUCCAGUCUUGAUGUUUUCUACGUCGAGAUCGCAGAGGCAGACUUUUGCUGAUGGUGUGGCAAAAUUAAAAUCAAAGUCUGCAUCACCUGUGCAAACAAAAUCUACGAAGAAACAACCAGAGGAGAAACGAGUCCAAUCUUCAACGAGUGAGAGGGAACUGGGAAAGCUAAGCGUGCGGGAGAUUCUUGAAAGAUGUCAAGAAGUUGACAGUGGAAGGGUUUUUGAGAUCAAUCUAAACAGACAAUCUCUGGAACAAGUGCCAAGCCUAAAGGAGUUUCUAAAACUUAAAAUCCUGGAUUUGGGAUGCAACAAAAUAAAGCAUGUUUUGCCUGGUGACCUGGAGAAAAAUUGUGAUCUUAGAGAACUAAAGCUUUAUGCCAAUGAGAUUAUGGAAAUAAGUGGUUUAGACAAUUGUAAAGAACUGAACAAUCUUCUUCUACAACAUAACAAGAUUAAAAGCAUAGGCAAAGGUUUACAGCAUGUGAGAAAACUCAAAGUUCUGAGGCUUGAUAACAAUCGUCUCUCCAAGAUUGACUUCAGGGAGAUUGGUUGCUGCUCACAAAUAACUACACUGGACAUUAGCUGCAAUAAUAUCACAGAUAUUUCUGCCAUCAAUGCCCUUCCAGCACUUGAAGAGCUGGAUGUCUCAAACAACAAAGUCAGCAAAAUUCCUGAUUUAGGAAGAUGUAAAAAGAUUCAAGAACUUGAUGUCUCAAAAAAUCAAAUCUCAGAUUUAUCUGGAUUGAGGAACAUCUCUAGUUUAACUAUUUUAAGAGUGGAAAAUAAUAAAAUAGUUUCUAUGGAUUCUCUGGGCAAGUUGAGGGCUCUACAAGAAUUGUAUCUAUCAAACAACAGAAUAUCAGAAGUGAAGUCGUUUGCCAGUCAGUUUUCAUCUUUGGAAAUCUUGGAUGUGUCUAACAAUGCCAUUACAACUGUAGAAGAACUGUUCACAUUGUCAAGCAUUUCUACCCUUGUAGAACUAACUGUGGCAGGAAAUCCAUGUGAAUCUGCUGACUCAUUUAGUUGUCAUCGUCAGAUAUUUCAAAACCUUCCUUCAUUGGAAAUCCUUGAUAAGGUGUCACGCAAGAGACCAAGUACAGGUCAGUCACGCGCGCCUCCCCCAAUGAGGCCCAUGUCUGCAUCACAAGUCUUAAGUGCGAAACAAGUCGAGGAGCAGAUUAAAGCAACAGAACUUGAACAAACGUCUUUUGAAUCGUCAAUCGCUUCAAGGUUCGAUAUGGUAAAAGAUCUGUUUGAAUCUCUGCCUUUAAAAACGAACUUAACCAUACGCGACCAUCCUGUAUCAGUGGCGUCUGCGUUGGACCGAGAAUCAAGUAACUUUUCCCGACCCGGGACGGCUGGGGAGGGAAGACCUGGCAGUCGAUGCAGCAGCCGCUCAAGAAUCGCUGAAGCCAGAGCAUUCGCCGCCGAACACUUUCAUCCAAAGGACAGCUGACAUUUCAUAGAAUUUACCACAAUCUGUCGACUGGUAUUUAUUGUACUCAUUGUGCAACAAGGAAUUAUUUUACGAGAUGUCGAAGAGGCCAAGAUCUACUAUCUAGUCUAAUUCAGGACUGGUGAAUUAUACUGAAUCUGCCUUUGUUGUAAAAUCCGAUAGAAGUCCCUUGCAACAAGAAAGACAAUAUUAAUGGCUGGCAAUGGACGAUGUUUAAGGAAAACUUUUGUACAGAAUGUUUGAAGUUGUAAAUAUAAAGUUCCCUUUGUUAUUAAAGGACGCGAGAACACGUUUCGUCAUCAGUUUGGAA